AUGUGUGGCAUGGACGUGGACUUGGACGAUGGCGGUUCAGGCGAGGAGGAGAAAGAGGAGGAGUUCUGGAUCGGGGAGAGAGUGAACAUGCUGCCCCCUCCCGUGGCCCACAGUGAGGGCAGUGCGUGGGGCAGCCGCAGGGGCAGGAUUGGCUGCGUGGCCUGCGGGGCAGCUCUCAUCCUCUGGGACCUGUGUGUCGUCCUAGCCAGUGCUUUGCUCCUAGCUCUGGUCUUCUCUGUGGUGCUGCUUCCUGCAGUGCUGCUGCUGUACGCCGGUUUCCUGUGCCACUCCAGGGUCCUUGAAGCCCCCUCUGCCAUCUGCCGUUACCUUGACGACAACAGCUGCUCCGCCCUCAUCAUCCUGGGUUUUGUGAUGAUGUCACCGCUCGUUGUUGUGGCCGCCGCCAUCUUCUGCGGACUACUGCGACGGUUUCGACUCAUGAUGCUCAUUCAGCCGAUCACACGUGCCUGGUACCGAGGGCGGAUGCUGGACUGGGCGGGCAGCGUCCACGCUUGGGUCUGA